AUGAACAGCAUUACACCUGUCACAGAUGGCGCGAUUAAAUUGCCACCGCGCAAAAAAGCCACUAGCCGGGCACAAUCAGCUAGACUAUGGAAGAGGGCAAAAGCCCAGUUAGAUACUGAGUCAGAUCUCUGUGAUAUUGAGGAGGAGUCCUAUAUGGACAAUUCGGACGAUCCAUCGGAUCCUGAUUCUAACAUUGGAGUCGAGAAAUUUGACCCUGGCCAAGACACUAGCACGGUUAAACCCAUUAACAUUGCCAUAGAGCAUGUUGCUUCAGGGGACACAGGUAAGGCUUUGGAUCCCCAUGGUGAACCCCUAUUUGACCCCGUUGAUCUGCGCCACCCAUGGUCAGCAGAAUGGUCUCCCUCAGACCACGUAGCCAGAUAUAUAGCGUCAUAA